UAGGCAUUGCAAUUCGAUAAUAUUAAAUAACACAUAAUACUAGAUAACAAGGCUAUAGGUAAUAAUUUUUAAAAAGCGCGGCAAAAUCAAACGACCAAUCAGAAAUCUAAAAUGAUAACCGGUGCCGAGACCGACCCUAGAAUGCUAAUAUGCAUACCGGCUAUAGAUCAUUGAGUGAUAUCGAAAAAAAAGAUUGUUCUGAAUUAUUUUAUAAAACAAUAUUUAAAAAAUUUACCAAUGGAGCACUUCUUCAAUUUAUCAAAUGUAUUCAAGAAUUUUUAAAAACAAUAAAGUGUAAAAAUAUUUAUAUGCUUUAUGUAUGUUUAAGUCAAAUUCGAAAAUGUCUUCUUAUUUAUGAAACUGCUAUAACAGAUCUAAAUACUGUUUUAAACUUUGAAAAAAUUUUAAGCAAAUAUUUAAUCAAAAGAAUUCAAAAAUGUUUUUAUAAAUUAGAAGACUAUUUGGAAAUGUUAGAUUUAACUGAUGUAGAUGAGCAUCCAGGAAUAUUCAUUGAUCGAAUGAACAUUGUUUUAAAUGGGUUAAAUAAUAGAAAUUCAUUGUCACUUAUCAAACCAAAUAUUGAUAAAAUUUUAUUUCAAGCAAUAACUAUUGCUAAAGUUUCAGAUGAAAUGGAUAACUUAGAAAUAACAUCUUCAUGUAAACAUGUUAUAAAAGCAGUUCAAUAUUUUGAAAAGAUAGAUAUUAAUGAAACUGAUAGUUUUUUCCAAUUUGAUUAUCUAUCUUCAUCAUUAUCUAUUCUUGAAAGACGAACUAAUACAGCAGUAUUGAAUCUUAUUUUAAAGAUUUUUAAUGAUCCAUUUUUUACAAUUAAAAAACUUAUAAGAAAAUGUGGAAAUUCUACCGACAUCCAAUCCAGAAAUUCAUCUGAUUUAUCAAUUUUGGUUAGUGAUUUAGACAAAUCUACAGACUUAUUAAUUCAAAUUGGAUUAUUUUCUGUGGCUUGUUGUAAAAAUGAUGAAUAUAUUAUUUCUUUAAAAUGUUGUAUUUCAAGCUUGGAGCUUUUAGACAGUGACAUAGUACCGGCAAUCAUUGAGUUUUAUUUAGAUCCAACAUCAAUAGUAAAAAAAACUUUUUUAAAACUUCUUAUAAAGCACUGGGUAUGUGAAAUUUGUGAAAUACAAAAUCUUCUAAACAAAAUUGUAGAUCCUUUUGCAUUUACUCAAACAACAAUUGAAACAUCCAUGAAUAUUAUUGAUUCUUUACAUGAAAGUGAUUCAAAAACUAAAAUUGAUUUGUAUGUGAAAUUAUUAAAUGGUUUUAUUAAUUUUACUCAGUAUAUUGAAAAAAUAUUUGAUUCUGAGAUUUUAAAAGAGAAUGCAUUUUCUAAAAUAUAUGGACAAUUUAAUGAAGCACUGAAAGAAUAUAAUGCAUGUUUAAUUUUUACCCAAAAAAAUAAUCUCGAUAAAAAUGAAGAAUUGAUAAAAAAAAAAUUACUUAAAAGAUGUGAAAUUGUACUUAAAUAUUUAAAAAAUAUCCAAACAUCAAUGAGCAAUAUCUUGGAUGAUAAAAAUUGGUCAAAAUCAGAAAACACAUAUUAUAUUUUAUCUAAAACUAAACAAGAGUCCAUUUUUUUGGAACAAAAUGAUAAUCUAGAGGAUAAUUUUGAUUUAAAUAUGAUAUUUUCAACUGUUCAUCAAAUUCAGAAAUCAUUCUAUAAUAAAUCAGUUCAUAAAUCAUCUAAAACAUUUUACACUCAAAAUUAUAGUUCAACUAAUGUUAAUGAAACUAUGUAUGAGAAUACUGCUACUAUGGAUCUCACAAAUAUUUUAGAUAAUUUUAUUGAAACAUUUAAUCCGAGUAUCAGCAAAACUACAGCUACCAUAUGGGAAGAAAUAUGUAUUGACAUUUAAUAUUUUUACAAAUUUUAAUAUUUUGAAAAUAAUGAUAAUAAUAUAUUCAUUACCUAGGAAUUA